CUCUCUCAGUCCUUUUGCUUUCUUCUCCGGUCUCGCUGUAACUUUCCCACUGAAGCUUUCGCUAGAGAGAGAGAGAGAGAGAGAGAGAGAGAGAGAUUUUGUUCUCAGAUUUGUUACGCGAGAAAACGAGGUCGUUUCGGAUCGGCGAUGGACUGCAAUGAAGGGGUAAGAGGAGGCUCGACGAAAACGGAGGAUCGGGGAGAAGCUCUGGUGUAUAUGUGGGGAUAUCUUCCCGGAGUAUCGUCGGAGAAGUCUCCAACACUGUCUCUGACGCCUGUGCAGUUCCCGAAUCGGAUGGACGGUGGGGAUUCGUGGAAGGACGUCUGCGGCGGCGGUUGCGGAUUCGCCAUGGCCAUCUCGGAGUGUGGGAAGUUGAUGACGUGGGGGUCGACGGACGACGAGGGGCAGAGCUACGUCGUUUCAGGGAAGCACGGGGAGACGCCGGAGCCUUGUCGUCUCCCAAAUGAGGCUUCAAUACUCAAGGCUGCUGCCGGUUGGGCCCAUUGCGUUUCUGUUACGGAGAAUGGUGAAUUAUACACAUGGGGUUGGAAAGAGUGUGUCCCCUCUGGGAAUCUUAUCGGUGAUCUGGGUAUGGUGGGACGCCUUCAAAGGGAUACUACUGGGAAUCAAAGUUCAUUACUAGUUGAACAAGUAAACUCGGUGCCUCAAGGCUUCAAUCUGACUAGUGGGACAGUAUCUAAUCUUGACAGCAAAAGGGCCGGAGAGGACAUUGCAAAGCGGAGGAAGAUUUCGUCAGCUAAACCUGAAUCUGAAAGCUCAACAGGUAGUGAAGAAUUCUUCACUCCCUCUCCUUGUCUUGUAACUCUGGGUCCUGGAGUGAGAAUCACUACUGUUGCAGCUGGCGGACGCCACACUUUAGCAUUAACAGAUAUGGGACAGGUGUGGGGUUGGGGCUAUGGAGGCGAAGGACAGCUAGGUUUGGGUACCAGGGUAAAGAUGGUUUCUUCUCCUCAUGUCAUACCCUGUAUUGAGCCAUCUACUUCUGGGAAGGAUAGGUCUUCUGUGGUAUCUCAAGGUUCAAAAGUUCCUGGAAGUUGUGUGAAGGAGAUUGCUUGUGGAGGCCGGCACAGUGCGGUAGUAACAGAUGCUGGAGCACUGCUUACGUUUGGCUGGGGGCUCUAUGGACAGUGUGGGCAAGGGAAUACAAAUGAUCAGCUACGACCAAGUUAUCUGAAUUCAUUAUCCGGUACUAAAGUGAAAAACAUCGCUGCUGGACUAUGGCAUACUCUAUGUAUAUCUGAUGAUGGUCGUGUACAUGCUUUUGGUGGGAAUCAGUUUGGACAGUUGGGAACAGGUGGCGACGAGGCUGAGACUCUACCUAAGAUAUUGGAUUUUCCGGGUUUGGGAAGCAAGCAUGCAAAAGUAGGCUCCUGUGGCGCCCGACAUAGUGUCAUUCUAACAGAAGACGGCCAGUUAUUUAGUUGGGGGUGGAAUAAGUAUGGCCAGCUUGGCCUGGGCGAUUCCGUGGAUAGGAACACUCCUUCUCAAGUUUCUAUAGAAGGUUGCCUACCGAAAAAUAUUGCAUGUGGCUGGUGGCAUACGCUACUUCUAGCCGAAAGACCCAUUUGAGUUGGGGCCAAUCGAUGAUGACGAUAGAAAAGGAAUGACUUGUUAGGAGGACCAACCUCCACUAGCCUGUGUUAUUAGCCGAAAGACCCAUUUGUAUCAGUUGUACAUUAUUUCUAUGCGCACAUUCGCGAGCCGUACGGCCAUGUGUUCCAUUCUUUCUAGUUUUUAAGAUGCUGGUUUUCAUCAAAUUGCAUAGAAAUCUUAAUUUGUACACAGACAAUUAAGUACUCGUACUGAUAAUUUACAGUCUUCUGAUGA